UUCUUUUUAUAUUCAUUUAUUACGUGAAUAUUGCCCCCAGUACUAUUAUGGAUGACCCAACAAUUUAAGUUUAUAAUAAAUAUGAAUAUUAAAUUAAUUUUCUACUUAAUAAUACAAUAUGUAUUUUCCACGACUUAUUUGGUUUUAAUACUAGGGCUGAACUAAAGAGGGCGUAACACAAAAUUUAUACCCUAAAAUUUAACUAUUCCCUACCAUAUAAUACAUAAUAUUAUUCCCUUUUAAAUUUUAAUUUAACCCUACUGCGUAUUUGUUUAUAAUAUCAUGCUCUUUGAAAUUUACUGCUGUCAAGUGCCUAUUAAGUAUUAACUAUUAUUUUAUCAUCUUAUUCUUGAUGAUUGAUCAUAUAACACUUAUCACGAGAGUAUUUUUUUUUGUAAAUAGAGUUUGUCCUUGUCUCGUUAGCCUAGUCACUCGUCACUUCUAGAGGAUUUUUUUAUAUUUUCACUAUCAGUUACACAAUUUAUUAAGGUGGUUAAGAAAGCGUAUACAAGAACAAUCAUGGGAAAAAAGAUUGAAAGACAGUAGCCCGUAUUAUUUUUAAAUUGAAUAAUGGAUGGUGGUGAUCGAAUAUUAGUUGCGGCGGGCCUCACGGCGGCGGUUGUUGUUGGUGCAUUCGUGCUGUGGGGUCCUGGUGGCGCCCCUAAAGUCCGCAAGCGUAGAGGACAGAUAGCUGGCUUACAAAAUCUCGGCCGGACAUGUUUUCUAAAUACUUUGCUCCAGGCGCUUGCAGCGUGCCCUAGUUUUAUAGAGUGGUUGAAGAAAUACGCGAAAGCUGAUGGACAUAAUAGCAUGAUUACAACUCUGUAUACUGUAAUAGAAGUCGUCAAUGGCACUCAUGAGUCAGCUCGAGGGACACCAGUGUGUCCCCUUGGUGUCCUACAAGCUUUACGAGCAGCGGGUUGGGUAGUGCCAGCCGAUCAGCAAGAUGCCCAUGAGCUGCUGCACGUACUGCUCACCUGUAUUGAGGAGGAAACUGCUGCUAUGGCGAAAAAGCCUGGAUGUCUAUCCGACGCCUUAGGACUGGGCGGCGGAAAGGCCUGGUCCGCCCUGGCGUCUCCGGCGUCUCCGCCCUCGGGCUCCUUCGGCCCGCGACCCGCGAGACCGGCCUCCGCCGCACCGGCUACCGAACCGGAUUCGACCGAUCCAGACGAGCCCGAGACGGAGCCUCCACCUCUGCGCAAGGGCGUGUCGCGGUCCUUCUGUCAGCUGAGCGGCCUGGGCCGCCGCUGGGCCUGCGCGCCUUCUCGGCCUGCGCCAGCGCCGCCCUUCAACGGCACGCUCGCGUCGCGCACCCACUGCACCGUGUGCUCCACGAAGAGUCCAAUUCGCUACGACAAGUUCGACAGCGUGUCGCUGUCUAUGAGCGACGCCGGCACCGGUCCGGCCGGGAGCUACGCCUUGGCCGGCCUGCUGCGCGCCUUCACAUCCCCGGAGAUGGUGAGCGGACUGAGAUGCGGGCGCUGCGCCCCCCGGGCCGACGGCGCCGCGGACCAGACGACCAAACACAUCCGCACGCUCAGCUUCGGCAAGCUGCCGGCGUGCCUGUGCCUGCACAUCUCGAGGGUGGAGUGGGGCGUCGGCGGCCUCAGCAAGAGGGGCGAGUUCGUCGCCUUCCCCGAGACGCUCAGCUUAGCUCCCUUCACGGCGACGACUCAGAAUCGAGGAGUGGAUAUAUCGAUGGUGCUGAGCGAGGCGCGUCUGCGCAGCGGGUUGUCGGCGCUGAAGACGGCGGGGGCGGAAGCGUCUGCGGGAGCGGAGCGCGCCCUGUACCGGCUGACGGCGGUCGUCGUGCACGUGGGCGGACCGAGAUCCGGCCACUUCGCUACGUAUCGCCGCGGGAACGGCUUCGAGAGCAAACGGUGGUGGUACACGUCGGACACGUUGGUGCACGAGGUGUCCCUGCAGGAGGUACUGCGGUGCUCGGCAUAUCUGCUCUUCUACGAGAGGGCGGACCCGCCCCUCAACACUCACUUCUAGCUCUCCGGUAGAUGUGUUGUUAUAAUGAAGUUGUGUUGGAAAGGUAAAAUAUUAACUGGCAAAUAUUAUGUUAUUGUAACAGUUUUUAUAUACCUCUGUUAUUUGUGAAAUAGAGUUUUUGAUGGGUUAGAUGCUCUAUCGAGUUGUGCCAUUGCGUUUAUUUUUGAAAUGUAAGGCUUGUGACUUUGAAUGAACAAUGAUUAAAAUUUCCACUAACGUGGCUCAUGAAAUUUGACUUGUCAUCUUAAUAUCUUAUAGGAAUAACUUAAAGAAUGAAUAGGUAGGUAAUCAAUGCUCGAUACAUAUUUGUAAAGUCCUUUCUCUGAAUGUUUUGUCGCUGCAAGCUUGUGGAGGAUAGAGCUCAGCAAUUACUGUUGAGGAAUAUCAUGUACUUAAACUUUGCAUUUAUUGUGCAUUUUAGCACACAAAUUCUAAGAUAUUGUAAUCACCUCUAUUUUACUACACCUUUGAUACUUAAUGUUUCCUCGAAUUUUAAAUACAUUUUUAAUAAUGAUAAAAGAAGCCCUGUAUCAGUCUUAGAUAAUAGACAAACAAUUAAUAACAUUA